GGAGCAACCGUUGUUUUCAAAACUGUCAAAGAAUAUAGAACAACCGUUGUUUCCCCAAACUACGGUUGUUUCCCCCCACAGAGCCCCGCUGCGGUAGGUACAUACAUGGUCCCUCGCCUUUAGCCGGCCCUCCGACCAACGACGCCGUGGAUCUACGACCGCGCGCAAGAACGGGCCCGGUCGGGGACAAGUAUCCGCGGUGGGCGUUUGCUGGCGCGCUGUCAAGGACCUGGACUACCAGGGUGCCGAGGUCGCGGUGGUGCGGUGUCGCGAUGGGGCGGGGAUUGGUACUCCGACUCCUGCUGGGCUGGAUGGGGAGGCCGAGAAGUGUAUGAUUGGGAUGGAUCAGGCUGUCUAGGUUGCGAAGGAUGCUGCUGCGUGUGAUACGGCGGAGAGGGAUGUGGAGGCUGUGUUUAGGGGUUGGACGAGGACGGAUGGGGAGUUUGUGAAGGUGAUGGGUAUAGCAUGCAUGUGCGAGAUCAUAAUCGGGUUUCUUUCUGCUCAGGGCGUGCUUCGGGGACAAGUGGGUAAUCGCGUGGUUUGGAGGUGGAGGUUGGAGACUGGAGGAUGGGCGGAUGCGUGUUCCAUCACGUUACUAAGUCAGACUAUUAUCACAUGGGCGGCCUUCGCUCAACUCUCACAGCCCAGACUUCAAGAGACCGUAUUUUAGCGGGAGUGGUGAGCAAGCUGAAUG